GCUCGCCGAGCCAAACACACCUGCGGAUGCGCUGGGAGCGGGCGGAGCGCAGCGCCUGAGGUGGUUACCGCGCUGAUCAUCAGAGUCGCAGCGGGCUCGGGCUUGAGCAGCGCAACGCACCGGCACCGGCACCGCACCGCACGCAGGGCAAACGACCGCUGAGAGCCGCCGGGGUGCAGGGUGCAGGCAGCAUGGAGAAGGCGCACAGCAAGACGGUGGAAGAAGUUCUUGCCUACUUCGGCGUGAAUGAGAACACGGGUCUGAGCCCCGAGCAAGUGAGGCUGAAUCAGGAGCGCUGGGGGCUGAACGAACUGCCAGCGGAAGAAGGGAAGUCCCUAUGGGAACUUGUGUUGGAGCAGUUUGAAGAGCUUCUGGUGCGGAUCCUGUUGCUGGCUGCCUGUGUCUCAUUUGUCUUGGCUUGGUUUGAGGAAGAGAAGACCAUCACUGCUUUCGUGGAACCCUUCGUGAUCCUUCUGAUCCUGAUUGUGAAUGCUCUGGUUGGUGUGUGGCAGGAAAGGAAUGCGGAGAACGCCAUCGAGGCUCUCAAAGAGUAUGAACCCGAGAUGGGCAAGGUGUAUCGGAUGGACAGGAAGGCCGUGCAGAGAAUCAAGGCUCGAGACAUUGUGCCUGGAGACAUUGUCGAAAUUGCAGUUGGUGAUAAAGUUCCCGCUGACAUCAGGAUCAUCAGCAUCAAAUCCACAACACUGCGAGUGGACCAGUCAAUUCUCACAGGGGAAUCUGUCUCUGUCAUCAAACACAAUGACCCCGUGCCUGACCCACGGGCCGUAAACCAGGACAAGAAGAAUAUGCUGUUUUCGGGAACCAAUAUCGCGGCUGGGAAGGCGCUGGGUGUUGUGGUGGCCACAGCGGUCAACACGGAGAUUGGCAAGAUUCGCAACCAGAUGGCGUCCACCGGCUGUGAGAAGACUCCUCUCCAGCAGAAGCUUGAUGAGUUUGGCCAGCAGCUGUCCAAGGUGAUAUCUCUCAUCUGCGUGGCUGUGUGGGUCAUCAACAUUGGGCACUUCAAUGACCCCGUCCACGGAGGGUCCUGGGUACGUGGGGCCAUCUACUAUUUCAAGAUUGCAGUGGCCUUAGCAGUGGCUGCCAUUCCCGAGGGGCUGCCUGCUGUCAUCACUACCUGCCUGGCCCUGGGUACCCGGCGCAUGGCCAAGAAGAAUGCCAUCGUCAGGAGCCUUCCUUCCGUGGAGACGCUGGGCUGCACGUCAAUCAUCUGCUCCGACAAGACUGGCACGCUCACCACCAAUCAGAUGUCUGUCUGCAAGAUGUUUAUUGUCGAGUCGGUGAUGGGGACUAGCUGUAAUCUGCACGAGUUCAACAUCACGGGAUCGACCUAUGCCCCGGAAGGAGAAGUACUGAUGGGGGACAAGCCCAUUCAAACCAGUCAGUACGCUGGACUUGUCGAGCUGGCCACCAUCUGUGCACUGUGUAAUGACUCCUCCCUGGAUUACAAUGAAUCGAAGGGUAUUUAUGAGAAGGUUGGGGAAGCCACGGAAACAGCUCUGGUUUGCCUGGUGGAAAAGAUGAACGUUUUCAACACUGAUCUCAAUGGCAUCACUAAAGUAGAAAAAGCUACCUAUUGUAACAACACCAUCAAACAGCUGAUGAAGAAAGAAGUAACACUCGAAUUCUCCCGUGAUCGCAAGUCCAUGUCUGUUUACUGCUCUCCUGUCAAGCCCACAGAUGGAUCUGGUAACAAGAUGUUUGUGAAGGGGGCUCCUGAAGGAGUGAUUGAUCGUUGCAGUUAUGUCCGUUACGGCACCACCAGGGUGCCCCUGACCCCUCGAGUAAAGGAGAAGAUCCUGAGUGUGAUCAAGGAGUGGGGAACAGGACGGGAUACCCUCCGCUGUCUGGCUCUGGCAACGCGGGACAGCCCACCCAGGAGAGAGGACAUGGACCUGGAGGAACCCUCCAAAUUCAUCCAGUAUGAGACUGACCUCACCUUUGUUGGCUGUGUGGGCAUGUUGGACCCCCCAAGAAAGGAAGUGGUGGACUCCAUCCAGAUGUGUGAGAAGGCUGGUAUCCGAGUGAUCAUGAUCACAGGUGACAACAAGGGCACCGCCAUCGCCAUUUGCCGGCGGAUUGGAAUCUUUGGUGAGAAUGAGGACGUGUCCGAGAAGGCGUACACCGGCCGUGAGUUUGAUGACCUCUCCCUGGAGGAUCAACGGGAAGCCUGCCGCGCCACGCGCUGCUUCGCCCGGGUCGAGCCCUCGCACAAGUCGAAGAUCAUCGAGUACCUCCAGUCCUUUGACGAGAUCACAGCCAUGACUGGAGAUGGUGUUAAUGAUGCCCCUGCUCUAAAGAAGGCUGAAAUUGGGAUUGCAAUGGGCUCAGGAACUGCUGUGGCCAAGACGGCAUCAGAAAUGGUAUUGUCAGAUGACAACUUCUCCACCAUAGUGUCGGCAGUCGAGGAGGGUCGAGCUAUCUACAACAACAUGAAGCAGUUUAUUCGCUACCUCAUCUCCUCCAACGUGGGCGAAGUGGUCUGCAUUUUCCUCACGGCCAUCCUGGGCCUGCCGGAAGCGUUGAUCCCAGUCCAGCUGCUCUGGGUGAACUUAGUGACUGACGGCCUGCCUGCCACAGCCCUGGGCUUCAACCCUCCUGACCUGGAUAUCAUGAGCAAGCCACCCCGUAAUCCCAAGGAGUCGCUCAUCAGCGGCUGGCUCUUCUUCCGCUAUAUCGCCAUUGGAGUUUACGUCGGCCUUGCGACCGUUGGAGCAGCUACUUGGUGGUUCAUGUUCGAUGACAGCGGUCCACAGGUCACCUUCAACCAGCUGCGACAUUUCAUGCAGUGCACACCAGAUCACCCCCUCUACCAGGAGAUCGAGUGCUCCAUCUUCGAGUCGCGCAUCCCCACAACCAUGGCCCUGUCAGUGUUGGUGACCAUUGAGAUGUGCAAUGCCUUGAACAGCCUGUCUGAGAACCAGUCCUUAUUGAGGAUGCCACCAUGGGUGAACGUCUGGCUGCUGGGGACAAUCUGUCUGUCCAUGUCUCUGCACUUCCUCAUCCUCUACGUGGAACCAUUGCCUCUGAUCUUCCAAGUGACUGCUCUGACCUGGCCACAGUGGGUGGUGGUCCUGAAGAUCUCUCUGCCCGUCAUCUUACUGGACGAAUCACUCAAAUUUGUGUCCCGUAACUACAUAGAGGGUAAAGACCCUGUUGCAGUCUGUCCGAGCAAUAGUGGGCUUCCAGCAUACUUUGGGGACAUUUCCUGGCUCUUCGUUUUAGUCUCAGCACCUCUAAUCUGCUGGCUUUACUGUCUGCUUUAACCUCCAUGGACUGCUGCAGCGCUGACCAGAAGGAACUGGUUUCUUGAUACCAGCUUGCUUUUAUUUCUUGUGGGACUUGGUUACACUCUAUGUCUGUCCUGAGAGGAUGGCUUGGGCCCUACUGAAUGUGUUUCUGUUUGUGCGACGGUAUUGUCAGCGGAAGGGGAGGACAUUCAUGGCGAGUUCCAGGCCCAGGAUUAGCUGUGGAGCUUGAUCUAAUGCUAUUCCACAGUUGUGUUUAUUGCUGGUGUGUUGAAUGCUUUCAUUUAUCCAUAGAGCUACACAAUAGCUCGUUGUAAUCGGUCAGUGCAGUUUCCCCUGUUCCCCCAUCCUGCUCAAAGCAUUCAGUAACUAGCUCAAUGGAGCCAAUGACUCCACCUGUGCUUCUAGAAGCAAAUCAAACUGCCUGAACUCCAUGAGGCUUGGAGUGAGAUGACAACCCACUGGCUCAAACACUGACCUCUGGGUUUUUAAGAUCCAACCCAAAGCCCCUAAAUGGGUUCUGAGGGGCAGGAAUGUGUCAAACAGACUCUUUAAUUACACCAUCAAAAAAUCCUUUCUAAGCCCUGAAAUGGCACCAGCAAUAAAACUCCUACCUGGUUCAAAUACUCCCCCGCCAACCUUUCACGGGUGAAUAACUACAGUGAGAACUUUGACAUGUUGCCAGUGAAGGAUUAAUCAGUACCGGAGGCCUCGUUGUUCGGGAAAGUGGUGUCUGAUCAGGUUACUGUGUACAGUGAUGAAAGCCACAGUGCCCUGCCCGUCCUGCCCGUCCUGGCAAUGAACACUCAGUAUUGUCCUGUGCUGGAGUCCAGCCCCUGGGCAUCACUGAGUAACAAGGUCCGCAGAUCCUAUUGAGUCAAGGACUGGAUGACAUGACCCAUGAAACAAUACUCGAGUAAAUCUCUCGGCAAAUGUGUUCCAUUUUCUGGGGCUCCUAUGAGAUACCAGCAGGGAUAGGGACUGAUAUGGUAUUGGUGUUCAUUUCAUUGCCGGUCCUCCUCUCACUCCAACACUGCCUCUGAAUUGGCUUCUGCACUGAUCUGCUCUUCCCUGGGAUUGGCAGAGUUUUCGCCCUGGAGCAGUGCGAGGGGUGGAGGAACCCGGGGUUGUUCUGUGGGACCAAGGGGAGGGUAGUGUGAAGCUUUCGCCCUGGAGCAGUGCGAGGGGUGGAGGAACCCGGGGUUGUUCUGUGGGACCAAGGGGAGGGUAGUGUGAAGCACCAGCUGGUUUAUUUCCACACGGUAACUGUAAAUGAUUGGGGUGAGGAACUUUGGAGAUCUCGGGCACUGCAAAGGGGACCAUCCUGUACACAGACCCCAGCCUCUUUCUGCCAGUGCAGUUGAUGCAGGUGCUUUCUGUUGGAAAAGGACCAUAACCAAGAAAUCUCUGCUGUAGACACCUUGGCUCGUGUCAAUUCCAGCCCCAGCUUUGAACACUUUCCCCGUGGAAUCUCAGUCCUUACUCCUUUGGAGGAGCAUUGUGGGCGAACAUCAGCCCUCGGCUUUGAUGGAUAGGUGGCCCCCUCCUGAUGAAUCCCAUCCUCUCCUGGCCUCACUACACAGCCCUAUACACAAACCGUUGAACCCCACUGCUAUUCCGAACAAACUGCUUUACAGCGUUGUUUCAUCUGCGCCACACCUGCUGAUAACAAUUGGUAAAGCAACAGCGGACCAACCCAAGGAGAAUAUUGACCCAUCCCAUUUGUUGGAUGUUGGCACCACUGGCAAGGUCAGCAUAGAAUGCCUAUCCCUAGUUGCCCUUGAUAAGGUAGAAGUGAUCCAGCACCUUGAACCACUGUGUGGUAAUGGUGCUCCCACUGUUCAGUUCCAGGGUUUAGAUCCAGUGAUGUGUUUCCUAAUCAGGCCGAUGUGUAGUUAGUGUAUCUAAAAUCUGAGGAAGGUGAGAGCACUAAUGUUCUCUCCGAGGAGAGCUAACUAUUGGAGUGUCGUAACAUGUCCUAACAGUGUCAGUGUGCAGUGGAUACAUAGCAAGGGCUUUCAUGAUGUGUGUCCCAAGAGCUCACUGUGAGUGGAUGACAGGGUGUGGGAUGCAGGUGCAAAUGUCCUGACUGUUGGCCGAUUAUCAGGAAUGAUCUACUUCCAAAGUUAGCAACACUGUCAGCAUCCAUUGAGAGCGUCAGAAUUGAAACAUUGGUUAACCUCAUCUGGGGCUGUUUAACUCAGUCAGGAGCUAUCAAGGGUCCCUGAGUGUAGAAUCACGGGAUGACAAAAGGCAUGCUGAGCUAUCUCACCCUCCUGUUUCCACACAGUAGUGAGUCUGAGUAAAUGGGUAAGCCGUCCUCCCUCACUGGGAGUUUGGUAGAGUUGAAGCGGGCAAUGUGUUACUGAUGUCAGAGUUGGAGAAACACUCGUGGUAAUUUUAUUACCAUCAAUAUCAACAAAUAAUGAACUCAUCCUGAAGAAGGUUGUGAACCUGUGUGAAUUAGUAGUACAGCUGUCAUGUAAUACACAAUAUUAUUUUUAAAAAAAGACUCCAAAAAGAAGGACAGAAACAAGAAGUUUAUUUGAUCGGCUGAGAAGCCAGGAAGAUGGGCACUGACUGGAGGGCGAGUCAGCCUGGCCUGCAGUGUUCCAUUCUGGGUACCAGAUGUACUAAAUACAGAGACUCUGCUUCCUGUACUUCAGACCCUCUUUCUCAGAUAUUUCCAAGAAUCCCCACUGUGCUCUCAGCAGUCAUUGCAAAAAGUGUCUACAGACUAAAACUUCUGAUUUUAAUCUGAUUAUCAAUUUCCUCACUCCUUUAGUUCCAUUAGGCAUUUCACCGCUGGCCCUGACAGGUUAGAGAAUCUAAUCCUUGCAAAGUGUGGAAUCAUCGGCCUAUUUGUGUGAAGGGCUUCACCUUUCGGCAACGAGAAGUUGUGCCUUUCAAAGCAGUAUUCCCCAAGACAGGGAACUCCAAGACAGAGAGUGAAUUGUACCUGUGGUGGAGAGGUGGCAGAUAGCUCUCUGCUUGACAUUGAAGAACAAGGAGGAAGAUAAAAACAUUAGAGUCUUGUUAGUUGGUUGUAAUUAAUCAGAAUCAGGUUUAAUAUCACCGGUAUAUGUCAUGAAAUUUGUUGUUUUGCAGCAGCAGUAGAAAUCCGAUGGUAGAGGGGAAGAUGCUGUUUCUGAAAUGUUGAGUGUGUAUCUUCAGGCUCCUGCACCUCCUCUUUGAUGACAGCAAUGAGAAGAGGGCAUGCCCUGGGUGAUGGGAGUCCUUAGUGAUGAAUGCCUCCUUUUUGAGACAUUGCUCCUUGAAGGUGCCCCUGGGCACCUUGGACACCAUCCAAGCAGUUUGGACUAAGUAAAUUCACACAAUACUGCAGAUGCUGGAAUCUGGAGCAACAAACUACCUGUUGGAAGAACUCAGGGGGUUGAGCAGCACCUGGGAGUGGGGAGGAAGGAAUUGUCAACAUUUUGGAUUGAAGCCCUGCUUCAGGACUGAGCUGAAAUGUCAGCAAUUCAUUCUGGCCCCCGCCCCACCCCACAAAUGAUGCUAGGCCACUGCCUUCCUCCAGCAGAUUACCUGUUGCUCCAGUUCAGACUAAAACUUUUUAUUUCCUUUGGCAAACGUUUCCUGGAUCCAUAGAGGAGACCCAGGAGAGCCUGAGCACAUGGUGAUACUCCAAAUUCCACUCAAGGUGCCCCUGCCCCUGUGUUCUUCACAGGUACUGGAGAGCCGACUCCUGAGAGAUUACUGGUUAGGGAAUUACUUUGUCCUUGUGGGAGGUGGGAUUGGCUGCUCCAGUACUGAAUGGUCUCCAAAACACAUUGCCAUCUUGGUCAACAAAUCAGCUCAACCAAGGUUCUUGGAAACAUCUGUGGGCUAGACCAUCUCAUCUUGCUCAACUCAGAGAAAUGUGUGCUAUGUUUGGAGUAUGUACGAUAUUCUGUGGAACAAUGGGGAUGUUUAUUUUCUCCCUGUGAAUGUCCAGUGUGGUUUAAGAUAAGGCUGAGCCUAGAAUCACAUCAUUGGUUACUUAUUCUUAUUCAAAAUUCUAAUUAUGUUUGACUUCCGUCACAAGUCGGAGGUUAUUUUCCCAGCUGCAUCUUUCCCCUGACCUCCUUCUCUUACUCCUUGUAUUUUUCCCUCCCUCUCCUCACCUUUCCCUCUCUUCCCACUCUUCCCUUCUCCAUCUCCACCUCUUAUCUUCCUUCUCCUUCCCUUUGCUCCCUCUAUCUCUCCUGACCCCUGGCUGUGGUUUUGGGCCAUGCUGCUAACUUGCAUGUGAAGCAUUACAAAAUGUUGCCAACAAUGUCUUCUCAUAACAGUGCUAUUUUUCUAACAAAAUUUAAAUUAAACAAAAAAGUUUUUUUUUAGAAAAGAAAAAUAUUUAUUGAAGCCUCAACGCUGUAACCUUUGUUAUCACUUUGCAUGUGUUGCUUAUCUAAAAUAAAAGACUUUCUUCAUCCUGUA